CCCACAAACUCCCCGGAAGUGAUCAAUAGGCGACGCGCAUAAGCGCGAGUUGCUACGAGAGCCCACCACGCAGGUGAGCUCCUCUCGUAUUUUCGUCACUUGUCAGCAAAGAGAAAGCAACUCGCACGCAAAUGCAAAACAAACAAAGCAUGUACGGGACCAGCAGGAUUUAGUUGCACGGACGCAGAAGCGCUUUUUCUUUUCUCCAGCUUUCCGUGAGCAGCCACGCGAGAAGGAAAGUGGCGGCUCUCGUCCACCAUGGCAAGCCAGGAACCCGUCAAUCCUUCGCACGCGGCCUUUGACCGCUUCAUCCAAGCGCAGGACUGCAAAGAUGUCCAGCGGCAUUUCAACGAGCUCUGCCAGCAACUGGACAUCAAUUUGAAGGAUUUCCGGAGUUUCUACAGCAAGCUGAAAGAAAGGCUCAACUAUUGGCGGGCCAAAGCCGUGUGGGCUAAACUGGACAAGAGGGCGGCUCACCCGGACUACCAGCAAAGGAAAGCGUGCACCAAAAACAAGUGUCUGAUCCUGGGCGCCGGGCCGUGCGGGCUGAGGACGGCCAUCGAACUGUCGCUGCUUGGGGCUCAGGUGGUGGUGCUGGAGAAGCGAGAUACUUUCUCCAGGAAUAAUGUCCUCCAUCUGUGGCCCUUCACAAUCUGUGACCUCCGCAACCUCGGCGCCAAGAAGUUCUACGGAAAAUUCUGCACCGGCUCGCUGGAUCACAUCAGUAUUCGUCAGCUGCAGUUAAUUCUUUUAAAAGUGUCGCUUCUCCUUGGGGUGGAGGUUCACACCGGAGUGGAGUACCUGGGUCUGUGUGAGCCCUCAGGAGAGAAAGGUUGGACGGCCAAAGUGCUCCCUGAGACUCAUCCCGCUUCAGCCUUCCAGUUUGAUGUUUUCAUUUCUGCCGGCGGAGGCAGGUUCGUCCCCGAGGGUUUCAAACACAAGGAACUGAGAGGCAAGCUAGCCAUCGGCAUCACGGUCAACUUCAUCAACAAGAACACGACGGCCGAGGCUCAAGUGGCCGAGAUUAGCGGCGUGGCCCGCAUCUACAACCAGAAGUUCUUCCAGGACCUGCUGAACGAGACUGGUAUUGAUUUGGAGAACAUCGUAUAUUACAAAGACGACACCCACUACUUUGUCAUGACUGCCAAAAAGAUGAGCUUGCUGAAGAAGGGCGUCAUCAAGCAGGACUUCAACGAAGCAGAGGAUUUGCUGGCGCCGGCCAACAUUGAUCAAGAGGCGUUGUGCCGCUACGCCCACGCCGCCGCCUACUUCUCCACGGGCGGCCGACUGCCCGAGCUGCAGUUUGCUCAGAACCAUGCCCGCCAGCCGGACGUGGCCGUCUUUGACUUCACGUGCAUGCAACGGGCCGAGAACGCCUCGCAAGUCAGGGAGCGCAGAGGCAGCAGGCUGUUGAUGGCUCUCGUCGGAGAUUGCCUGGUGGAGCCGUUUUGGCCUCUCGGGACAGGCAUCGCUCGGGGAUUUUUGGCAGCUUUUGACACGGCGUGGAUGGUGAGGAGUUGGGGUGCGGGGACGCCUCUUCUCAAGGUCCUCGCUGAGCGAGAAAGCAUCUACCAGGCCCUGUCCCAGACCACACCAGAGAACACCAGCAAAAACUACGCCGCUUACAGCAUCGACCCCAAAACGCGUUAUGUCAGAGUCAACCUCACCUCCAUCCAGACCAGCCAGGUGCAGCACCUUUACGUCGUUGAUAAAUCCAAUUCGUCAAGCAAGAAACAGAAUAACAGACUGUCAUACACCCGUCAGGAUUCUUUCAGUGGGUUUGACGAGUUGUUAAAAUGGUGCCAGAAGAACACUGUAGGUUACAGAGAUGUGGAUGUGAAAGACUUUACCAACUCGUGGAGGUCCGGGCUGGCUUUGUGCGCGUUGAUCCACCACUUCCGUCCUCAGCUCAUUGAUAUGAGGUCCUUGAAAGCGUCGGCUUGCAUUCACAAUCACCAAGUGGCCUUCGACAUCUUGGAGAAGGAGUUCGGCAUCCCGCCUGUCAUGUCGCCCGCUGACUUUGCCAACGACGGGCAAAUAGACAGACUGUCCUUGGUCCUCUACCUGACGCAGAUCAAAAAUGCCUUCACUGUUCUCUCACCAGCUCCAGAGCCCAAAGGCUUCUUGACGCCGUCCAAGCCUUUGACACUCUCCCAGACGCACUCGGCUGUCUUCUUCCUCAGCAAGCUUAAGCAUAACUCUCUGCAAAGACGCAAGGAGAAACUGGCAGCCGAGAAGGAACAAACAAAAGAAAACAAUACAAAGAUGGGAGAGGAGGACUGUGCAACUUUGAGGACACUUCGGAUCCGUCACUCCACAUCCCAGGCGGCACCCUUGAGCUCCCCUGAUCUCAGUCCGCCUCCAGCACUUGUUGAGCCUGAGCCCGCUUGCAUGUCGCAGGCCAACAGCGAGGCGUGCUACUUCUGCAGCGGCCGGGUCUACGUGCUGGAGCGCAUCAGUGCAGAGGGCAAGUUCUUCCAUCGUGGUUGCUUCACAUGCCACCAAUGCGGCGUCACGCUGCGACUCGGAGACUACGCCUUCCAUCAGGACACAGGGAGAUUUUACUGCGAGCUUCACGCUGAAGAGCUGGAAGACCCAGCGGGAAUGUUGUCUCGUAAGGACAGUAUAGGAAAUGAACAAAACAGCCUUUCCAGCGAAGGUUGCACGCCAUCCCCAUCUGAUGACGAUGACGAGCCCACGCUAAGAUCGCUACCUUCUGUCGAAGAAGAAACCGCAAACGAUGCCGAGCGGCGAGUUGAUCAGACAGACAGACACCCCCCUCUCCCCAAGCCCCGUCUCUCUCGGCAGUCCAGCCCCCAGCCCUCUCCCGUGGUGAAGCCUCGCACGAUGCAUCUUUUCAUUCCCGCAAGUCCGAAAAACAUUCCACCUCCGAAAGCCGUGCGAGAGACACCCGAGGUCGCUCUCGACUCGCGGCCCAAGCAGUCACUCCGUAAACUUAAGUUGAGCGAUGAGGAGAAGGAUCAGCUGGUCAACCUCCUGACCUUCACCGCCGACUCGGACUCAGAGACCCCCGGUGGCUCUUCGUCCGGCUCCUCGUCCUCGGCGACGGCACGAGGCACAAGUCCUCCUAAGGCGGAGGACGGACCAGAGGAGGAGGGCUACUGGAGCGGCAGUACGGCCGGUCACAUUCGCGAAAAGAGGAACAGACGCUGCUUCCGGAGGAAAGAGAUGCCCGCCGGGCAACCCAAAGUACGAUCCAAGUUCUCCCCCUGGAAUCUUUCCUCGCCCAGGAUCGGCAGAGACACGCGACUCAGCGUUCAUCAGCCUGGGAAAGUGGAAACAACCUUUAGACACAUUCACGGGGACUCCGAAGAAGGCGUUGACGGAGAUGAGGACGAUGACGAUGAUAUGUUGGACCAGGACAUCGACUCAUUGGACGGGAAGGCAAGCAGAAACUUUGAAUUGCCGAGCUCAGCGCAGCACCGCGCACUCACCGUGAUGACUUUGCAGUUUCAGAUGUUACCGGCCAACCCGGUGGAGGCGGAGAAGUUGGAAGUGAUGAAGAUGAGGACGCUGGAGCGGCGAGCCAAGAUGAGCGAGUUACAACGACUCCGACAAGCGCAGUCAAUCCAGAGAAGGCUGGAAGAGAUCGAGGUGACCUUCCGGGAUUUGGAGGAGAAGGGCGUGGCGCUUGAGCAAAGUAUAAGAGGAGAACCCCAGAUCGAUAGUUCCCCCGACAUGAUCGAGCAUUGGAUCCAGCUGGUCCAUGAGAAGAACGCCUUGGUCUCAGAGGAGUCUGACCUCAUGGUGGCAUCGCGACAACUGGAGCUUGAAGAUAAACAGAGCAUGCUGGAAUUGGAGCUCAGGAAAUACAUCGACAUGAGCGACAAGACAGCCGAGCAGCAGGCGGAGGAGGAUCGCGUCCUGCAGCAGAUGAUCGAGGUGGUGGACAUGCGAGACUCGCUGGUGUCCUUCCUGGAGGAAAAAAGGCUGAAGGAAAUCCAAGAGGAGCAGGUUCUCUCAGUCAUGGAGGCCAAACGCCAUUCCAAGACGGGAGCUCAGGUUCACUGGCAGUAACAAAAAGAAAAAGAAGAAGAAGGGAAAAACACUCUUUGGGCGUGCUCACACUUGAAACACAAAUGCUGCAAAGCCAAAGAUUUCACACUGACGAGCUGAAUGAAGAAGCUUCCCUCCAUGGGGAGACAUCAGCUGAGAGAUGAUGAUGAUGAUGAUGCACAAACGGCGGAUAAUCAUCGCCCAGCGAGGGACCUGUCCUGGAUUUGUCUGGUAAACAGGAUGUCUCGACAAAGCAGCAUGAAAUGACAGCCUUGCAGAUGAAAGAUGUUGAGCCGGAUGGAGGCUUUGAAAAGGUUCACAUUGCGUUUGCUUCUUGUUCACUCAUUGAGUCAGAAAUUAUCCACACGCUCUCUUUGGUACUUCUCAAUCUAGUCAAUAAAGCUUAUGGUACGGUGAACCUCAAA